CUAGAAAUCCUCCUCCCCCGCAUUCUCUUCCCCCUCAACUCCCACGCGCACCGGCACCACCCCUUUUCUUGCGGAGCAGCGUGAGGGUUUCGGAAAGCUAAGCUAUGGCGGAGCAGCCGCACGCCGAGGACGCGGGCCACAAGCCGGAGACCCUGAUGGAGAAGAUCGCCGACAAGCUCCACGUCGGCGGCGGCGACCACUCCUCCUCGUCCUCCGACUCCGACAAGGAGGAGCACCCGCGCCCCUCGGCGCCGCCCGCUCCCGCCCCCGCCCCCGCCGCCUCCGAGGUCACCACCGCCUCCUUCGCCGCCUCCGCCUCCGCGGCGGCGGCCGAUGCCAAGAACAAGAUGUUCCGCCUCUUCGGCCGCGAGCAGCCCAUCCACAAGGUCCUCGGCGGAGGCAAACCUGCUGAUGUGUUUAUGUGGAGGAACAAGCACAUCUCUGCUGGAGUACUAGGUGGUGCAACUGCAAUCUGGAUCCUUUUUGAAUUGCUUGGCUACCAUCUUCUGGCUUUCCUUGGCCAUGCUCUCAUAUUCUCUCUGGGUGUUCUCUUUCUCUGGUCUAAUGCCUCAUCAUUCAUUAACAAGUCUCCCCCAAAGAUUCCCGAGGUGAUCAUUCCUGAAGAUCUGGUUGUCAACAUUGCGCUAUCUACGCGUCAUGAGAUCAACAGAGCCUUCGCAAACCUUCGUCAGAUUGCUCUUGGCCGCGACAUAAAGAAGUUCCUUAUAGUGAUUGCUGGUCUAUGGCUGCUUUCCAUUCUCGGCAGUUGCUGCAACUUCUUGACGCUGUUCUACAUUGUUUUUGUGGUUCUGCACACAGUUCCCGUAAUCUAUGAGAAGUAUGAAGAUCAGAUUGAUACCUAUGGUGAGAAGGGGUGGAUUGAGGUUAAGAAACAGUAUGCUGUGUUUGAUGCCAAGGUUCUGAGCAAAGUGCCGAGGGGCCCCUUGAAAGACAAGAAGAACUAGAAACGAGUGAUACCGUGUGCCAUCGGUAUGGAAUGAUGGCGACUGGUUCGUGGCUGCCCUUGUGGUAUGAGCACCAAAUUUCUCACCAGUUGUCUUGUGUUAUGUGUAAGACUGUUUUCGUUGUUUGCGACUUUGAUGAGAGUAGCCUGGGUAGCUUACCCUCCAACAGUAAUGCAGAGGCAGCACUUGUUUCGCUGUACCGCUGUUUGAUUUUUGAUCUGUUAAGGUGUCGCAUGGGUACGGUUUCUAGACGCUGAUUUUGCUGCUUGCAUUGCUGCAGUUUGGAGUAUUGAUGAUGUUUUAUCAACUCGUUGGGCUUUAGAUGUCAUGCACUACUCGUUUCUAUUGUACCACUAUCACUGUUAUUACUGAAAUCAAACAAACGAUGUUAGCAUUUAA